UCUAGGACGGGCUGGCCUCCGCGGGCGGGGGCGGCGAGCUGAGCGCGCGCGGAGCCGGCGGGCGGAGAGCGGCGCGGACAUGGCCGCGCGGGGCCGGCGCGCCUGGCUCAGCGUGCUGCUCGGGCUGGUGCUGGGCUUCGUGCUGGCCUCGCGCCUCGUCCUGCCCCGCGCCUCCGAGCUGAAGCGAGCGGGCCCGCGGCGCCGCGCCAGCCCCGAGGGCUGCCGGGCCGGGCAGGCGGCGGCGGGUUCGCAGGUCGGCGGGGCGCGGAGCGAUGCGCGCGGGGCGCAGCCUUGGCCCCACGGCUCGGCUCCCGAGGGCGGCCCGCGCGACCGGAACUUUCUCUUCGUGGGAGUCAUGACCGCCCAGAAAUACCUGCAGACCCGCGCCGUGGCCGUCUACAGGACGUGGUCCAAGACGAUCCCCGGGAAAGUGGAGUUCUUCUCGAGCGAGGGCUCCGACACGUCCCUCCCGAUCCCCGUCGUGCCGCUGCGGGGCGUGGACGACUCGUACCCGCCGCAGAAGAAGUCCUUCAUGAUGCUCAAGUACAUGCACGACCACUACCUGGACCAGUACGAGUGGUUCAUGCGGGCGGACGACGACGUGUACAUCAAGGGGGACCGGCUGGAGAGCUUCCUGCGCAGCCUCAACAGCAGCGAGCCCCUGUUCCUGGGCCAGACGGGCCUGGGUACCACGGAGGAGAUGGGCAAGCUGGCCCUGGAGCCCGGCGAGAACUUCUGCAUGGGGGGGCCCGGCGUGAUCCUGAGCCGCGAGGUGCUGCGCAGGAUGGUCCCCCACAUCGGCAAGUGCCUGCGGGAGAUGUACACGACCCACGAGGACGUGGAGGUGGGCCGCUGCGUGCGGCGGUUCGCGGGCGUGCAGUGCGUCUGGUCCUACGAGAUGCAGCAGCUGUUCUACGAGAACUACGAGCAGAACAAAAAGGGCUACAUCCGGGACCUGCACAACAGCAAGAUCCACCGCGCCAUCACGCUGCACCCCAACAAGAGCCCGCCCUACCAGUACCGCCUGCACAGCUACGUGCUGAGCGGCCGCAUCGCCGCGCUGCGCCACCGCACCAUCCAGCUGCACCGCGAGAUCGUGCUCAUGGGCCGCUACGGCGGCGGCGAGACGCACAAGGACGACCUGCAGCUGGGCGCGCCCCCGUCCUUCACCCGCUUCCAGCCCCGCCAGCGCGAGGAGAUCCUGGAGUGGGAGUUCCUGACGGGCCGGCACCUGUACUCGGCCGCCGACGGCCAGCCCCCCCGGCGGGGGAUGGACUCGGCGCAGCGGGAGGCCCUGGACGACAUCGUCAUGCAGGUCAUGGAGAUGAUCAACGCCAACGCCAAGGCCCGGGGCCGCGUCAUCGACUUCAAGGAGAUCCAGUACGGCUACCGGCGCGUCAACCCCACGUACGGCGCCGAGUACAUCCUGGACCUGCUGCUGCUGUACAAGCGGCACAAGGGCAAGAAGGUGACGGUGCCGGUGCGGAGGCACGCCUACCUGCAGCAGAGCUUCAGCAGGAUCCAGUUCGCCGAGCACGAGGAGCUGGACGCCGAGGCGCUGGCGGACCAGAUGAACCAGGAGGCGGGCUCGCUGUCCUUCCUGUCCAACUCGCUCCGGAGGCUGGUCCCGUUCCCGCUGCCCGGCGCCCGCGGCGAGCGCAGGGAGCCCGGGGAGACCAAGGUCAACGUCCUGGUCCCGCUGUCGGGCCGCUUCGACAUGUUCGCCCGGUUCAUGGGCAACUUCGAGAAGACGUGCCUGGCGCCCGGCCAGAACGUCAAGCUGGUGCUGCUGCUUUUCAACUCGGACUCGAACCCGGACAAGGCCAAGCAGGUGGAGCUGAUGCGGGACUACCGCCUGCGCUACCCCAAGGCCGACAUGCAGAUCCUGCCCGUGUCCGGCGCGUUCUCGCGGGCCCUGGCCCUCGAGGUGGGGUCCUCGCAGUUCCGCAACGACUCGCUGCUCUUCUUCUGCGACGUGGACCUCGUGUUCACGGCGGACUUCCUGCAGCGGUGCCGGGCCAACGCGGCGCCGGGCCGGCAGGUCUACUUCCCCAUCAUCUUCAGCCAGUACGACCCCAAGAUCGUGUACGGCGGCAAGGCCCCCGGCGGCGGCGGCGGCGACGGCCACUUCGCCCUGACGCGCAAGGCGGGCUUCUGGAGGAACUACGGGUUCGGCGUCACCUGCAUCUACAAGGGCGACCUGGUCCGCGCCGGCGGCUUCGACGUGUCCAUCCAGGGCUGGGGCCUGGAGGACGUGGACCUCUUCAACAAGGUGGUGCGGGCCGGCCUCCGGCCCUUCCGCAGCCAGGAGGUCGGGGUGGUCCACGUGCAUCACCCCGUGUUCUGCGACCCCAACCUGGACCCCAGGCAGUACAAGAUGUGCCUGGGCUCCAAGGCGGCCACCUACGGGUCCGCGCAGCAGCUGGCCGAGAUGUGGCUGGAGAAGAACGAGCCGGGGUACAGCAAGGGCGGCCACACCAACGGCUCGGCCAGGACAGCCUGACGUCCGGCCCCCCCCCCCCCC